AUGCAUUUAAGUUUGAUUAUUACACUAUUGUAUUUCUUUUUAUUAACGUACAUUAUAAAUGGAUUUACUAUAAAUUUAAAUGAUAACGAACUUGAUCCUAAAAAAGAUCCUUUUCAAAACUUUCAAAAAUCAACUAAUAAUUUACCACCAAAAAAUGAUUCAAAUAAAAAAGGAUUUAAAAGUUUAUCUAGAAACUGUUAUUUUUCACCUAUUCAAUGUUAUCUAGUCAAAAGUGAAACUCCUGAAGCAUUUCAUCAUUUUAAAUCAUGUAAAAACUGUAAAAAACCAAAAAUUGGAUCUUUAAGGACAUUAAGGAAUAUUUUUAAUUUUGCAAAACAAUAG